UUGUUGCUUUGCAGAAGUUUUUUCCUUGUUGGAGAGAAAUGGCUCGUACCAAGCAAACAGCCCGUAAGUCCACCGGAGGCAAGGCCCCGAGGAAGCAGUUGGCGACCAAGGCCGCGAGGAAAAGCGCCCCGGCCACCGGUGGAGUGAAGAAACCUCACCGCUACCGUCCGGGAACCGUCGCCCUCCGUGAAAUCCGUCGCUACCAAAAGAGCACGGAGCUCCUCAUCCGCAAACUGCCCUUCCAGCGUCUCGUCCGUGAGAUCGCCCAGGACUUCAAGACCGACCUGCGUUUCCAAAGCUCGGCGGUGAUGGCCCUCCAGGAGGCGAGCGAGGCCUACCUCGUCGGCCUCUUCGAGGACACGAACCUCUGCGCCAUCCACGCCAAACGCGUAACCAUCAUGCCCAAGGACAUCCAGCUGGCACGUCGUAUCCGCGGCGAGCGCGCUUAA